GAGUUAAAUAAUUAAUGUGACCAAACUUUAGUUCAGAAGAAUUUUGGUUGGAGGCGACGACGAUUUGUUUCUUGCUCUCGUGGUUUCGGACUUCUGGUCUGGAGGUCCCCCAGCAGCCCAGGCUCCACCUCUCCACGGCAGCACCAACGCUCCAUUCUGUCAGCCACAGCCCACGCCGCUGAACGGCCGGAGAUCGCCCCCCACUCCCUCUCGCCGGACGGUUGCAGAUCAGGUCUACCAGAUCCGUCUCAGAUUAGGUGGCAGGAGAGGAGGAAUUCGGGUCUGAAUCUGAUCGAUAUGCGGCAGCAGCGGGGCGGGGCCGGGGCCGGGAGGAGGGCGGACGACCCGGGGCUCCUCAAGAGGGCCUUCGACAGGGUGUUCCGCUUCGUCCGCCUCGCCGAGUUCGAGAUCUUCUUCGUCCUCUUCUUCCUCAUCGCCUUCUUCCUCUUCAAGGACCUCAUGGCACGGCCUCAAUACAAUCAGCUGUUUGUCAAGAAGCCUGAUCUAGAUGAUUCCUGGCCUUAGUACCCAAAUAACCUGGUAUUUUUCUUUGAGCUGUGUUGCCAGUACAUUCUUUGAAGGCCUGCGUGGCCGGCUGGUCACCCCCCUUUGUUGUCAGGAGCAUGUUUUAUGAUUACCUAGAGUAUUCUCUUCAGUGACGAUGAAUAUAUUUAGCCAGUCAUUUUCUUCAGUUAAAGAGGAAGAUUUUCAUGUCAAUACUGGUAUGCGGCGGCGAUACUGUGGUUGGUGCCAGCCGUUAUUGUUUGCACUGUUUAUGUGUUGUGAAGCCCCAUGAGUUCGAGGUGAGAUGACCAUAUGAUUAAGUGCAGUUCUUUUUAA